AUCGAAUUCAAUUAAUAAAUAUACAAAAGUUUUUAUCCGGCAAAAUAAGCAGUGUUAGUGGUAAAGUUGUUAGCUCUUCUAAAAUGAUUGUACGGAUAUGUUGGUAGAUACAAGAAUCAAAUCAAAUGAAUGUUUGGGUUUAUACCCAUUGAUAUUGGUAUGAAUAAUCAACAAAUAGUGGGUAUCACUUAUACAAGUGUUAACAGCAACAUUUGGUGUUGUGACAGCGUACAAUUUACGGAAAAUGACCAGCGUAAGUUUACAACAACUUGACAAUGGAGAUGUAUACACCUCCAACGGAACAACUGGAAAUAAUACUUCAACUGGAACGCUAAAUGUAACGGGAUGCGACAGUGCUGAACAAAUAACAAAAUUAUUUCCAAAAUGUCGGCCUAGAGCUGAUGUGAACCUAAAUCCGUUAGUGGUAGUUCGGUCCACAUCAUCUUCCAAUAAUGAACACGAUGAUAUGAAUACAUCACCGCCCACAAUGUUGUCACCAGAUACUCCGGAACCGUUAAUUAGUAUACAAGAUUUAAAUGAAGCAGAUAGGGUAAUUGAAAUAGCGGGUGGCCGUGAAAUAUAUUCACAAAGUCGUACAAAGGCAGCACGUAAAUCACGUUAUAUUGGUGAUUAUGCGGAUAAGAAAAAAGGUGUAUGGGAUGUACGAACACGUUGUAGUGAUUCAUUAAAACAUAAUAAUCCACGUGAAGUUACGGAAACCGUAUUCUCGACAGAAGUAUGUUCGGUACGACAUCAACGACCUAACGUACACUCAAACAAUGUAUAUACAAAAGCAAAUAGUGUUGUUCCAACAACGGAGGCAACAGUUGUAAGUCCAUCCAGACAAAUGACUGUUGUAUCAUGUGGUGAAGUUGUUGUGUUUGAUGAUAUCGGUGAUAAUUGGCAAGGUUUACGACUUGAUUUAUGUCAAGACAAUAAUAAACAACAGACACAAGCGCAGCAGCAACAAUCGCAACAACAACAAACACAGUCUCAACAAAUUGUAAAAUUACCGUCAUCGGAGAGUAAUGACCGAGGAACGGAACAAUCAAGUAGAGAGGAUUCACCGAACGAGACAUCACAGUAUCAUCGAACUACGACUGACUUUUUUAAAAUCGUUACGUCAGUGUCUGAUUUUGAUGCUGAUUCCUUAUCACCGGAACCGAAUAACAAAGUUGCUCAAAUGAUUGGUAAUCUACCAAUUGCUGUAUAUGAAGGAUCACCGCGACGUUAUGGACCACGGCAACCUGAAACGAAUACACAAUCAAACCAUCCAACAUUACCUAGUGCACAUAGUUUAUUGGCAUCACCAUCCGUGUAUCCACCACGACCUGGUUUUCCACAACGUGUGGUCACCACACCUAGUGAAAAUGAACCACAACAAAUGAAUUCACCUACCUCAGAUGCCGAGAACACAGUACAUCCAGUAAAUUCAACAUUUGAUUAUUUGUAUGAAUUUUCGGAAACGCGUAAAGUAUUGGAGGAAUUUUUUAAAUGUCCACCAGAGAAUGAGAACUCAUUGUUAGAGGAGACGUCAUUCCAGGAUUUAGAUUAUGAGUUACAUAGACAAGCUGGAUCUGGGGAUUCAGGUAGUUCCUAUGUUGGUCAAAGACUGGCCAAAGUUCGUGCUGAUCAAAAUGAAUAUUUAUCACAUAUGGAUUCACCAAGAAAACCUAAUGUAUCCGAUUUUCCAAGAAUACAGGAUCAUGAAGUAUUAGAGCACGAAAACAAUUUCUUGGAUCUAUCAGUGGGUACAGGUUCAAGUGGUGAUCUAGGUGAAACUGAAGUAGGUUUACAAGUGGGCCAUAGUCGUAAUUUUACAUUAUCCCCCGAGACAACGGAUUGUGAUUCAAAUUGUGGUGAUUUAGACAGUGAAAUGUCAUUAAUGCUGAUGGAGAAUGAAUUGGGUCCAUCAGCUGUCGGACUAUUAGGUUCUAGUGGUGAUUUAGUGGCGCCAACCGAUUCAUUAAGACUAUAUUCAAGUAUGCCUGUCCUAGAAGAUGGUUUAUCGUCAGGACAUGCUAGUGAUACAGAUAAUAAUAAUCCAACGGUAAUAUUAAUGAAACGACAAAUUACCGAAAUUGAACGUGAAAUUAUACAAAGAAGUCAUUUAAACGAUAAUAAUUUAUCCUCAACUUCGAAACUAAUUGAAAAUAAUUCUAAAGAAAAUGGAUCGUUAGAUCGAAGUUCACCUGUUGAAAUACUCAUUGGUAAUGAAACUUCGGUCAAUUCUUUCCAAGAAAAUGAGACUGAAUUACAUAAUAUUGAUCCCCUUGUAUCAGAAGUUACACCUCCUCCACCUGCACCAGCGCCACAUAGGCGACCAAGUGAUGUAGCAAUUACUGAAAUUGAAGAAAGUCCUCCUGACCGUGUCGAAGCGGCAAUUCAAGAUAUACGUCUUGCACUUCAACGUACCAAAACACUGCCUUUCACAUUAACAAAUGUUGCACCUCAAGUAAGUCCGACUGAACAGGACUCAUCGAGUCCUGUAUGGGUACCUAGACAACGGGGUAUGUCUGGUGCAAGUCGUGAUUCCGAUUCUGUUGAACGGAAAGCUCAGAGCGGCGAAGAAGCGGGUGAUGAAGAAGAAGCGGAUACAGAUUUAGAAACAGAUCGAUUAUUAGGACAACAUCGAACUGACGACCAAGGAUUUUAUGAUGAUAAAUUGGAAUGGCGAAAACCGAAAUCCAGGACCAUAAUGCCUUCAUCCACAACAAAAUCAACCCCUCCAAAACCUAUAUUAGCACUAUCACCAACUCAACAACAAGCGGUAACGGUGUCAGUGGGGGGUGAUCGUUCAAAUGGGGCUGGUACAAAUGGUUGUGAUGACAGUAGUAAUAAUGUGAUACCAUUGAAUUGUACCGCAAUUGUUACAAACAAUAAUCCAUUAAUCCAAACAGCCAAUAAUAAUAAUAGUACAUCCUCACCUCAACCGCCACAAUCCACAAGUCCCUUAACUGAGCAGUCUAAUGGCAGUCCAUCAGACAAAAAUUUAUCACCACAAAGCCAGAAAGGGUCCAAUACAUCUGUCAAAUCUAAAAAGGACAAGGAAAACAAGAAGAAGGGAAGAAAUAAAGAAGGACUUCAUGAACCGUCAGUGUUAAUCGAAGGAGUUCUAUUUCGUGCGAGAUAUUUGGGAUCAACGCAAUUAGUCUGUGAAGGUCAACCAACGAAAAGUACUCGAAUGAUGCAAGCGGAAGAGGCUGUUUCACGUAUUAAGGAGGCAUCCAACCAAAUAUGUCAAAGUUAUCGCCAGUACGGCCACAGCAGUAUGACGUCAUUAGGCAGUUACGACAAUGAGACAGGAAUGGAAGACAAUAUUGACGAUAAUGAUGAUAGAGAUAGUUGCGACAAUAUAGCUCCGCCGGUGUCUGUCAACAGUAUGACAACACCCGUGGAAGAUGUAUCUGUGUUAAGUCAUAUCCCACAUCUAACGAUGCCAGUAUCCCCAGCACAAUCACAAGUUGUGCCGCCCAUGGCUUUGGGUGUUGGGGCAACUGGUACGGUUUUUCGUCUCCAAUUUCUUGGAUCUGUUGAAGUGGAUGAGGAAGGUGGAAGAAAACGACGUAAACGUCUCAAGAAAGUUAUGGUCGAAGAAGCUGUUACAAAAAUUAAGGCAUUGGCACCUGAUGGCGAAUCGCAACCAAGUACAGAAGUAGAUCUAUUUAUAUCGACUGAAAAAAUAAUGGUAUUAAAUACGGACCUGAAAGAAAUUAUGAUGGAUCAUGCGUUACGAACAAUUUCCUAUAUAGCUGAUAUUGGUGAUUUAGUUGUGUUAAUGGCACGGCGACGAUUAGUUCCACACGAAAUGGAGGAUCCACCGAAAAUAAAUCGUACACCAAAAAUGAUAUGCCAUGUGUUUGAAAGUGAAGAAGCUCAAUUUAUCGCACAAUCAAUUGGACAAGCGUUUCAAGUUGCCUAUAUGGAAUUUUUGAAGGCGAAUGGUAUUGAGGAUCAUAGUUUUGUGAAAGAAAUGGAUUAUCAGGAGGUGUUAAAUUCACAAGAGAUUUUUGGUGAUGAAUUACAAAUGUUUGCCAAGAAAGAAAUGCAGAAAGAGGUCGUUGUACCAAAGUCAAAAGGUGAAAUAUUAGGUGUUGUAAUUGUCGAAUCUGGCUGGGGAUCAAUGCUUCCAACCGUAGUUAUUGCAAAUUUAGCUCCAGCUGGUGCGGCAGCACGUUGUGGCCAAUUAAAUAUUGGUGAUCAAAUAAUUGCCAUAAAUGGUGUCAGUUUAGUCGGUUUACCAUUAUCAACGUGUCAAAAUUAUAUUAAAAACUCUAAAAAUCAAACUGUAGUUAAAUUAACAGUAGUCCCUUGUGCUCCCGUUGUUGAAGUUAAAAUUAAACGACCAGAUACUAAAUAUCAACUUGGAUUCAGUGUUCAAAAUGGUGUUAUAUGUAGUUUACUUCGUGGAGGAAUUGCAGAACGUGGUGGAGUUCGUGUUGGACAUCGUAUCAUAGAAAUUAAUAAUCAAAGUGUAGUGGCUGUACCUCACGAAAAAAUAGUAAAUCUUUUGGCAACAUCGGUUGGCGAGAUAUUAAUGAAAACAAUGCCAACAUCGAUGUUUCGACUUCUAACCGGACAAGAAAAUCCAGUGUAUAUUUAAUCGUAACUUAUAAAAUUAUUAUAUAAUAAUGUGCAAGUUUUAAUAUUAAAAAAUAAGCUGUGCAACUAUUUAGUAUGUACUAUUUGUCGGACCUGCAAGUGCCUCGAGGAGUGUAUGUGUGUUUAAAAAAAAAAAUAAUAAUAACAUUUCUUAAAAAUAACUUAUUAUGAUUAUUAUGAUUAUUAUUAUUAUUAUUAUUAAUGUGUUCUCCUUAAAACAAAACAAAACAUUUCAAACCUUAAAACCUUAAGACAAAAAAAAAUAAAUUCCUCUCUUUAAUAUUAUCAAUCCCCAUCUAUCUUUCUUCGUUUCUGAUAAUUCCAACUAUUGUAUACUAGACAAAGAGAUCAAACAAAAAAUGUACACUGUCUCACCUUAAUUUAUCAACCAACCCCCACCCCCACCCCUUACAAAAAUUAUAUAGCAGGAAUGUAGGCAACUUUUUGAGGUUUAAAAAAAAAUUGUUUAGGUCAUUAUUAAAAUUGAAAUUAUAUCAUAGAAUUAUAAUACUCGUUAUGUAAGCAGUUUUUUUGGAAUCAAUUUAUAUUUCAUUGUAACAUGUUUCAACUGAAACAAAAAUAAG